GACGACGACCGACUAUUGUGAUUGUGCAGCCAGGGAGUCGCCGAGGCAACUGUGGCGAUAUACAUACGUUCAUAGCCCGGUACUGCUGAGCGGAUAAACCUCUAUUGUUGACGACGAGGGGCCAGAGCUCCUCGAGAGCCAUCAAUCGUCAUGUCGCAGACCAUCGGGCUGACAAAGCUAGCCUACUCGCGCGUGUGGCACCACAUCUCGGCGAAGGACCUGCACCCGACGCUCUCGACGCAGCCGGGCGUGACGCCGCCGACGCUGGGGCGGCUGGCGUCGCGGAUCGCCGUGAUCCUGAUGGGCAAGCACAAGCCGAUCUGGGACCCGUCGACGGACUGCGGCGACUACGUCGUCGUGACGGGGUGCGCCGCGCUGCACGUCACGGGCCGCAAGAAGUGGCAGAAGACGUACUACCGCCACAACACGCGGCCCGGCUCGCUGCGCUCCGUCACCAUGGACGUCCUCAUGGCCAAGUUCGGCGGCGCCGAGAUCCUCCGCCGCGCCGUCAGCGGCAUGCUCCCCAAGAACCGCCUCCGCGACAAACGCCUCGAGCGGCUCAAGGCCUUCGAGGGCGACGCCCACCCCUACAAGCAGAACCUCCUCCGCUUCGGCGGCGUCGAGGUCGGUAAGCCCGGCUGGGACCAGGCCGUCAAGGCUAUCAGGUACGCCGACACGCAGAGGUUAUAGUACGGAAACCCCCCAUUGGCGAGGAUACCACAAGAGUGGAGGGCAGGAGGGCUAGAAAAAGAGGCAUUAGCCAGGUUGGGUCGG